UUGGGCUCCAUUGCCAGCUGGGAUUUGGAAGCGAUUUACCGGUGCGGAGGAGACUGCCCGCUUCAGGCUUCUAUUAGAGGGCCCUGUCUGUCGGGCCUGGUACCUAGGUGAGCACUUCUUGCGCCAGACCUUGGGUUUAUCAGAGCAGAUAGUUCCAGCUUCGCCCCCUGAGCAUGUGAGGGACACCGAGAGGUUCACUCCCGAGCAGAUGGCUGAUUAUACGAUCGGUUGGGAUUUGAUGCAUUAUAGAGGCAUAGGCGACUACACAGAGUACGUCCGUACGUAUAUCAUGCGGCCCUUGAGCAGUGGUUGUCGAGUUGAGAGAGAGAGACCGGCGGCGCCAGCGGCUGGAGCAGGGGUAGGGAUAUCGAGGAUGGCUCGAGUCCGUGGCAGGAGUGGAGCUCGGAGACGACGGGGGGCCAGUUGGCCAGCACUACCCACGACGAUAACAUGCAGAGGGCGGGGUGGGGCGACUUACCAGAUCCCCAUCUCUCCUCCUCCGGCUGAUCAUGAGUUAGUCGGUUUCUAUGACUUGCCUCUGGCUUCCUCCGAGUACACUCGCCAGUCCCUGGAGUUGACUGCUUCGGUGAUGGGGAUAUUCCAACAGAGCCUCGAUCUUUUGGCCAUGUACAGUAUCCUGCAUCCAUUUCUGAUUCCCGCUGCAGGAGGUGCUGCAGCCGGACCUUCGGUUCCUACCCAAGGAGGAGGAGAUUGCAGAGUAUACCCCCGCACCAAGGCGGGGCGCACUCAUGUUGGGAGUAGCUCUCGGGCACCAGUUCCAGAUGACAAUGAGUCCGAGGCGGAGGCGGAGGCAGAGUCAUCUAAGGAGGAGACCAGAGAUGGCACUGACUCGGGCUCAGAUGACGGCGCUGAUGAUGAUGCUCCUAGACCUUUGUCCAGGAAGAGGACGAGGACGGACCUCUAGGCCUAAGACCAUUUGACAUUGAU